AAUUUAGGGUUUAUUCUUGCAAGCGAUUGAAGAGUGCGUGAGACCUCUCGUAGGGUUCAUUUGUUGCCGCCUCCUCCUCCUCCUCCUCCUCCACUAGCAGUCGCUUCCUCGGCCUCUUCGCAAACAUGAUCAUUCCAGAGAAGAACCGACGUGAAAUCUCCAAGUACCUCUUCCAAGAGGGAGUUUGCUUUGCUAAGAAGGACUAUAAUCUCGCAAAGCACCCGGAGAUCGAUGUGCCGAACCUUCAGGUGAUAAAGCUGAUGCAGAGCUUCAAAUCCAAGGAGUACGUGCGUGAGACCUUCGCUUGGAUGCACUACUACUGGUACCUCACCAACGAUGGCAUUGAGUUCCUCAGGACUUACCUUAAUCUUCCUUCCGAAAUUGUCCCUGCAACUUUGAAGAAACAGGCCAGGCCCGCUGGUAGGCCCUUUGGCGGCCCACCUGGCGACCGUCCCCGUGGUCCUCCUCGUUUUGAGGGAGAAAGGAGAUUUGGUGGUGACCGAGAUGGGUACCGUGGAGGUCCCCGUGGUCCUGGUGGUGACUUUGGUGAAAAGAGUGGAGCACCAGCUGACUAUAGGCCCAGUUUUGGGGGUCCUGGUGGAAGGCCUGGCUUUGGUCGUGGAUCUGGUGGUUUUGGUGGGGGCGCAGCUAGCUCAAAUGCUGUUUGAGAGUGAUAAUUCCUGCAAUGCAUGGUUUGGACAGUUCAGGUUUUAAGCUUGACGGUUAUGAAUUGCUGCGUAUGGGAAGUUCCAUAGAAGCUCUUGCUUUUGUUGCUCUGUUUGAGAAUUCGAGUUUUGUUGGAUCCGAAAUAGUAAUGAUUUAGUUUUGCAGCUUGAUUUAAUUGUCUUUUAAUAACUAUUUUUUUCUCAAGCAUUAUCUAUAUAUACUUCAAAUGUGUACUUUUCUUAA